AUGUCGUCCCUCCUCGAAGGCAUAUUCCCGCCCUCGCGCGAAACCUACGAAAUCCUGCUCCGAAGCUGGCAAAUCGGGUAUCCCAUCAUUGGCUCCAUGCAGUGGAUCAUCAAAUGGUACGGCAUGGGCAAAACCUCCGUCGCCAGCCCGUUCAACAUCCCCGGCCGCGUCGCCUGGAUGACCAUGGAGAGCCCGGGCUUCCUGACGCUGCUCUACGUGAUGAAUACGCUGCCGCAAAAGGUCGGGAUCGAAGACUUGCCGUGGCAGAAUAGAGUCCUCGGCGGCCUCUUUGUCAUCCACUACUCCUACAGAGCCAUCCUCUUCCCGCUCCUCCAGCCCUCCAUGUCCCCCAUCCACGUCGGCGUCUGGGCCCUCGCCAUCGGCUUCCAGCUCUGCAACGCCCUCUGCCUGUCCUCGUGGCUAUCCGCCUACGGGCCCGUCACCCCCGAAGCAUGGGCCUCUUCAUCCUCCCUCCCGCAGUUCAUCUUCGGAAUCGGCAUCUUCUACCUCGGCCUCUCGUCCAACUUCUUUCACGACGAGGAGCUGCGUGAGAUUCGAAGGAGGGAACAGAAGCGCCAGGAACGCAUCCGCGCACAACAACAACAGCAACAAUCAUCCAACAACACCAAUGGCGGCAGCGGCGGCGGCGUGGAAAAGCACUACCAGAUUCCCCAGGCGGGACUCUUCCGAUACGUCCUCUACCCGCACUACCUCUCCGAGUGGAUCGAGUGGCUCGGCUUCUACAUGGCCGCCGGCUGGGGCUGCGCGCCCGCCCGCGCGUUCCUCGUCAACGAAGUCUUCUCGAUGCUGCCCCGGGCCGUCAACGGCAAGAAGUGGUACGCCGAGAGGUUUGGGGAGGAGAAGAUUCGGGGCAAGUGGGCUGUUAUUCCGGGGGUUUUGUGA